GAAUUCUCUCAAAACACGAUUGAAAACUCGUAACUGUUGCGCACGUAUGUACAUCAAUACAUAAUCAGCGCAACACUGACUAAAUCUUUAAUUUGUCAGUGUGUAUUGAUUUUUAUUUUAUUCCGCUGUUUGUAAUUAAAUCGUUUCGGGUAGUUGGUCCGGUUUCCCCAGCAGCAGUCGCAUUUUGCCUUUCCACUGUAUCAGUUGUUUUAGAUUGUUAAUUCAGAGAUGUCUGUUGGUCGCGUUUUAAUCUACGGCGGUAAGGGGGCCUUGGGAGCAGCAUGUGUAUCUCAUUUCAAAAGCAACAAUUAUUGGGUUGGCAGUAUAGAUUUAAGUGAAAAUGAGCUGGCCGAUGUCAGUAUUGUUGUCCCAAGGGAUGGUUGCUGGACCGAACAGGAGCAACAUGUUCUCAGAAAAGUGGGUGACGUUUUGCAAGACAAUAAACUGGAUGCUGUGAUUUGCGUUGCCGGCGGGUGGGCUGGAGGAAAUGCUAAAAAAGAUUUGGCCAAAAAUGCGGACUUAAUGUGGCGCCAAAGUGUGUGGACUUCUACCAUAUCGGCUGCCGUUGCCGCUCAUUAUCUCAAAGAUGGAGGCGUUUUGGCAUUGACCGGUGCCAAACCUGCAUUAGAGGGCACACCUGGCAUGAUCGGCUACGGAAUGGCCAAAGCUGCUGUGCAUCAACUAACACGUUCGUUGGGUGGCAAAGAUUCUGGCUUACCAAACGAUGCUCUAGUUGUAUCAAUACUACCUGUUACGCUUGAUACUCCAAUGAACCGUAAAUGGAUGCCAAAAGCUGAUUUUAGUACCUGGACACCAUUGACUGAAGUGGCUGGUCUGUUCCUGAAGUGGACCAAUGGUGUAGAACGCCCUAAAUCUGGAUCAUUGCUGCAGCUAAUCACAAAAGACUCAGUUACACAACUGGUUGAAAGCUCAUAAAUACUCCUGUUUACUUAAAUGAAUUUAAAAAUAUUUGUAUGUCUGUGUGUGUGUAUAUGUAAGAACGAAUAAACUCGCUUUUGCUCAAAUUGUAUUAAA